GAAGGGAAGAGGGGGCAGCCCCCGGGGCACCUCGGCGGGGCCGCACAGACCGCCGCAGACCGCCGCGCACAUGAUCCCCCGGGUGCAGCUCAGCGAUGGCAGCGAGAUGCCCGUCAUCGGCCUCGGCAUCCGCGAGAUGCCGGUGGAGCGCGUGGAGCGGGCGGUGAGGGACGCCGUGGACGUGGGCUACCGCCACUUCGACUGCGCCGCCGUGCACGGCAGCGAGCGGCAGGUGGGCGCGGCGCUGCGGGGCAAGAUGGCGGAGGGCGUCGUGGGCAGGAAGGACCUGUUCGUCUGCUCCAAGCUGUGGAACACCUGCCACCGGCCGGAGCGCGUGGUGGCUGCCUGCAGGAGCAGCCUGCAGAACCUGGGGCUCGACUACCUCGACCUGUACCUCAUGCACUGGCCGGUGGCCUUCCAGGACGGCGACGAGCCGUUCCCGCGCGACGCGGACGGCCGCCUGCUGCACGAGGACGCGGACUACCUGCCGGCGUACCGCGAGAUGGAGCAGUGCGUGCGCCUGGGGCUGGCGCGCAGCAUCGGGCUGGCCAACUUCAACUCGGAGCAGCUGGCGCGCGUGCUGUCGGUGGCCACCAUCCCGCCCGUCAACAACCAGGUGGAGUGCCACCCGUACCUGAACCAGCUGACGCUGGCCAAGUUCUGCGCGAAGCGCGGGGUCGCGGUGACGUGCUUCAGCCCCCUGGGGGCGCCCAGCCCCGUGGCGGGCAUCUCGGGCACCCCGGGCCUGCUGGGAGACGCCCGCCUGAGGCCGCUGUGCGCCAAGUACCGCAAGACCCCGGCGCAGAUCGUCCUCCGGUACCUGGUACAGAGGGGGACCUACCCCUUGCCCAAGAGCCAGGACAAAGACCACAUGAUCGAGAACACGCAGAUAUUCGACUUCGACCUCAGCACGGGCGACAUGCACGAUUUGGACGUCUUCGACAGCAGGAUGCGCUUCUACCCGUUCAUCGAGUCUAAGGACGACUACAACUAUCCGUUCGGGGUGGAUUUCUGACACACACGUCUCAUUCCUUCGUUUUUGGAAAAUAUAUAUUAAAUAAAAUGAGUAUUUUAAUUACUAAAAAAAA